AUGACAUCCCGCCUCGUCCUGGUCAUAGGUGACCUCUUCAUCCCCGACAGAGCACCAUUCAAAAAACUCCUCACACCCGGCAAGAUAGGCCAGAUCCUAUGUCUAGGCAACCUCACAGAUCGCGACACAUAUGAAUUCCUCCGCCAGAUAGCGCCCGACCUCCAAGUUGUCAAGGGCGACUUUGACGUCGAUGCUCCCAACCUCCCUCUAGCCAAGGUCGUUACGCACGGCAGUCUACGCAUAGGCUUCACGCAUGGCCAUACGAUUAUCCCGCAGGGUGAUUCCGAGGCGUUGCUGAUCGCAGCUAGACAGAUGGACGUCGACAUAUUGUUGUGGGGAGGCACGCAUAAAUUCGAAGCAUACGAGAUGGAGGGAAGGUAUUUCGUUAAUCCUGGGAGUGCGACGGGGGCGUUUACCACCUCCAGCGUGUCAAAGGGCGAGGAGCCAACUCCGAGUUUCUGCUUGAUGGAUGUGCAAGGGGAUGUACUUGUGCUAUAUGUCUACCAGAUACGGGUGGACGAGCAAGGGGCUGAGAAUGUGGUGGUGGAGAAGGUGUCUUUCCGAAAACAGACCUCCCAGCCGGCUUAA